ACUGCAGUUAUAAGAUGUCUGGGGAUCUGAGUGAGCCUCACAGAGUCCCUGGUUGUGAACUAGACCAAUUUGAAGAUGACUCCCUUAUCCAGGUACCCAUGCAUGCCUUACAUAGAUAGCUACCGAGAUUUUGUCCACCCCCAAAUCACCCUUCAGUCGACUUUGCCCAAGACCGAACUGAAGAAUGGGAAGAUCAUUUGUGAUGGACCAACUCAACUGCCACUUUCACAGCAGGUAUGGCUCUUACAAGCAUUGACUUUAUUGCUCUGGUUUCAAAUUUCUUUCAGAUGAAGUCUGGUGAAGAAAAUGUCAACUUCCUUAAAGACAAACCAAGCAGCUACAUCUGCACGAAAUGGAGAAGACAAGUUUAUGGUGUCAGAUUUAGAUUUCAUUCAGCCACCACCUGAAGUAUGUGAAUAACUACUCAUGUUUUCGUUUUCUUUGUUAUAAUGAUUGUUCUUAGUGGUAAAAAGUGUGUAAUGGGGCAAAAGAUCUUUCCAGCGUUUAAGUUGUUGUCAAAUAGUACUGUCUAAAGUGAAACAUAGCUAAAUAACUUUAACACAAAUAGUAACUCUACCGUAAUGUAUCACGCGCUUGUUUAGCUAAGGCUAUUGUCCCAUUACAUGCAGGAAGAAGAUCGUUCCUGCAGUAGCGGGUCUAGUACUGUCUCAGAGGACAUGAGUUUCUCAGAUUCGGGUGACUCGGUCGAGGUGCCAGAGUUUAUGGAUGCCACUGAGCACAAGAGUGAAAAGCUGUCAGCUGCUCUGAAUGAAGUCGUGACAGGCGUUCAGCUGCACACUCUCUAUACUCCAGAAAUUAGUUGUGGUGAGAAUAUAGCCAUUCAUCAGGCUUGUCCUGAACAGCAGCAGCAGGUUCCUAACUCCAGUGCCGGUUGCGUGCCACAACUGGUGACUCCCAUCAAAUGGCCCCUAGCAUAUUCCCUCCCUGACCAACACAAUCAUCAUCAGCUACAGAAGACUCCAGAGGAAGACGAAUAUGCAACAAUUUUGCAAACACUUUCUGUUGAUGAGGGAAACCCUGCGAAGGACAUCAUGAGGAUAGAUUCUUUACCAGUUCCUCAACAGGGGGAUUCAAGACAAGGAAAUCUCGUUAUUGGACUUUCUCAAUUGCCGACAAAUUUGGAGCCAGCUGUAGUAUCGCCGGACAUCAUUUUGGAGCCAAACCACUUCCUUGAAAAGGGUGUAAGCAUCAUGGGAAAAUCCCUGAAUCCCAUCGUGACAUCUCUCCAUAACGAUCCCAGAAGUAAAGUAAAAUUGCACGUUCGUACGAAGACAGGGAAGCAAAAGACCCAAAAAGGCUGCCACAUGUACAGAACGAGGGACAUUCCAGUUUCCAAUCUUUCAAACAACCACAAGUACCCAUGCUCCUGAUUAUGCGUCCUUUCUGCAUAUUCAUGGCAGCUCAAACGACCUGAAGACACCAAUUGAUGUAAUUCUAGGCAUGAUCCCGCGACGCCUCAACCCCUCCCUAACUACAGCAGCUCUUGGCACCACCAUCUACUACAUGGAAAGCUUUCUCGAGAUCUUUGACAGGGGCUUGGAGUCUGCUGGUAAACAUGCUCUUGCGGUACAUGUGAAAGAGGGCAUAAAUGAACUGUAU